UUUCUCCUCUCUGCAGUGUGUUUGCUCAUCAAUGCUGCACUGAUUCCUGGUUCUGCUACAGCUAAAGUUUGGAUCUUGUUCUUUGGUCUGUGAUGUUCUGGAGAUGUUUCGUUUACUGAUGUUCUGUUUGUUUGGAGCUAUCUUCAGGUGCAUAUCUGCUUCUACAGAAAUCUGCACCAACAGCCUCCUACCAGGAGCUAAAGGAGACCAAGGUGAGAUCGGAGAGGAGGGAGAUCUGGGGAAACUGGGGAAGUAUGGACCUUCAGGACUAAAAGGAGUUCAAGGUGAUUCAGGACUUAAAGGAGAAGUUGGCCACAUAGGAAAGAUGGGGCCUUCAGGAGACAAAGGUGAUAAAGGUGAUAAAGGUGUGGACGGACCCUCAGGCUUAAAAGGGAAACCAGGUACAACAUGUGACUGCGGCAGAUACAGGAAGGUGGUUGGACAGCUGGAUAUAAAUGUGGGGAAGCUGAGAGACGCUGUGAAGUUUGUAAAGAACGUGGUGUUGGGCUUGAAGGAGACAGAAGAGAGAUAUUAUCUCCUGGUGAAGGAGCCCAAGAGGUUCAGAGAGGCUUCAAUGAACUGCAAGCUGAGAGGAGGGACACUGGCCAUGCCGAAAACCACCAACACCAACCGCCUCAUGACAGAAUAUGUGCUUCAGGCAGGGCUGACGGGAGUUUACAUUGGAGUUCAGGCUCAGAGCACGGGUGGACCAGGAAGUUAUGUUUAUGCAGACUCCAGCCCUCUGCAAGGGUUCGCAGCUUGGAGUAAAGACGACGAUCUUCACUCCAGAUCGUCUCCAGCCACCAACUCCAGCUGUGUGGAGCUGCUCAGCACUGGAACGUGGGCUCAUGUGGAGUGUGAAGCCUCCAUGUUCUUCGUCUGCGAGUUCCCAAAGAGCAGAAGAAGAGGAGGAGGAGGAAGAGGGACCCCUGCCUCGGCCUCGUCAUGAAUACAUGGCCGUACACUGCACAGCAUACUGCAAUUAUUGGGAUAUGUGUGUUGGUUGUAUUUGCAGUAUGUAUGGCACUGAUGAUGAAUCUGAAAAGUUAAAAGUAACUGAAGCUUCCAAAAGAAAUUAUGCAGGAAAUCAUCAGUAAAAUAAAAUUGGCUUUAUCAGAUUAGCUUCUUUGUGUCCUCAAAAUUGACCAACAUUCAUCUCACUGUUAGGGGAAAAUUCGAUUUGAUCAGCACAAAUUGAGAGAUUUACUUCUGCCGCUGCCUUUAAACAAUGGAGGUCAAUGGGAUAGCAUUUGUAGAGCUCAUAGCAUUAAAAAACAAUACCUGAAAAGCUCUAAAGUAGUUGGCGUUUCUAAUUUUUCAUAGGAAAUGGCAGUUCAGUAUCAUCUCUGGUUCAUGAAUGGACUUGAAAUAUACUUGUCAUAAAUGAUUAUAAAGAGAAAUAGUGAUUUUGGAUUUCACUGUGAUACAUCUUCUAGUCGCUAAUGUCUUUUUAGCUUAAACAUUUCAUAGCUACCAUUACAGAGAUUUGCAGCCAAGCUUUUCAGUAGCUGAUUUCUUCCUUGACCUGUUGUUUUAGUGUCUUUGUGCCAUUUCUAUUAAACGGUUAAAUCAUCCUUUUACCUCCAUCUAAAGAUAUCUCCUUGGGAAAUUCACUUCAAACAAGAGUUCCACAUCCAUGAGGUCUUUUUCCCUUUUUGUUUUAUGCAUCUCAAUAAAGUUAUUGCCAUCCAAAUCA